GGCUCUUUGGGGCCUUGGCCCCGGCGGCCGACCAUGGUGCUGCCGCCCCCGGACCGGCGCCACGUGUGCCUGACCACUCUGGUGAUUGUAGGCAGCAUGGCCGUCAUGGACGCAUACCUGGUGGAGCAGAAUCAAGGCCCGCGCAAGGUCGGCGUGUGCAUCAUUGUGCUGGUGGGAGACGUAUGCUUCCUCUUGGUGCUACGCUACGUGGCUGUGUGGGUGGGUGCCGAGGUGCGCACCGCCAAGCGCGGCUACGCCAUGAUCCUCUGGUUUCUCUAUGUCUUUGUGCUGGAGAUCAAGCUUUACUUCAUCUUCCAAAACUACAAGGCGGCGCGGCGCGGCGCAGGUGACCCACUGGCCCGUAAGGCGCUCACGCUGCUUCUGUCUGUGUGCGUGCCUGGCCUCUUCUUGCUGCUGGUGGCGCUCGACCGCAUGGAGUACGUGCGCACUUUCCGCAAACGUGAGGACCUGCGCGGGCGCCUCUUCUGGGUUGCGCUGGACCUGCUGGACCUGCUGGACAUGCAGGCCACGCUGUGGGAGCCACCACGCACCGGGCUGCCACUGUGGGCCGAGGGCCUUACUUUCUUCUACUGCUACAUGCUGCUGCUCGUGCUGCCAUGUGUGGCGCUCAGUGAGGUCAGCAUGCAGGGUGAGCACAUCGCUCCGCAGAAGAUGAUGCUCUACCCAGUACUGAGCCUCGCUACAGUCAAUGUGGUGGCGGUGCUGGCGCGCGCUGCCAACAUGGUCCUGUUCCGCGACAGCCGAGUCUCAGCCAUCUUUGUGGGGAAGAAUGUAGUGGCUCUGGCCACCAAGGCUUGCACCUUCCUGGAGUACCGGCGCCAGGUGCGCGACUUUCCGCCACCCGCGCUUGCGCUGGAGCUGCAGCCACCGCCCCAGCAGCGCCAUGCGCCGCCGCCGCCCCAACUGCAAGGGGCGGCUGGUUGCCCCCGUGGGCCCUCGCCCACACGCGACACACUGGAUACGUGACGGGGCUUGCGACGGGAUGGGAUGUGACAGUACGGGGUGGGGGCCGCUGCCGCUUCUUCAUCUCAGGAAUCCCUCAGCCGUGGACUCUUGGCUGCCCAUCGUGGAAUGGAGUGCUGUGGAGUGCCCGGGAAGGAAGGGCUCGGUGGGCUCUGGCCCUGUGUGUGCUCGGGCAGAGAUGGGGCCAUGGGGCCUCUGUCAUUUUAAAGACUCGUGUUUACAGUUUCGUAUGGAAGUCUCAAUGCACUGUUUCCUGGUCCCUCUAACAUCUAUUUGGCAGGGACAAGUAGUGCUUAGGGUGGGAAGCCAUGGAGGCCUCAUUGGUCCCAGGAGCUUCUGGGUGGGGUACCGCUGCAUUCCUGUCCCCUCCAGGCUGGCUGCCACUGGCACAGAUUCAUAACCCCGACUCUAUUGGACCGCCUAUUCCUCACCCCCUAAGAGUCCAGCCCCUGCCCCCAGAGGUGACUCUGGAGCCCCUCCCACAGAAGCUCCCACCCCUCUCCCGAGCCUGUGGGCUCUUCUUAACAAGGACUGUCAACCUCAAAGUGUCCAAUGCCCUUUGUUUCCUAGGCAAAGUUGGCCUGCCUCACCCCAUUGUAGUCCUGUCUCAGACACCUGGCCCCAUAGCUCCUGGCCCAGGUAUACAGCCUUAAGUCCUCUGUUCCUGAUCUCCACCUGGACUCCUCUCCAUGUGGGGGUGACCUCUGGGGUCUGCAGGCCCAGCAGGGUCUCUGUGGGGUGGAGAGAAUGUUUUGGGAAGUUGCCUCCAAAGCCUUACUGUGAUGGAUGAUGGCCACUCAUAUUCCUUAAGGCAGCUGGGCAUGCAGCGUGUGGAACCUCCUGUCAGGCAUUGCCCCUGUGUGGCCUUUGCUUCCCUGGGGUGCUGGCUAUGUAUUGCAGGAGAUGGCCUCCCAGCAUGUCCCCCACUGCAACAGCUCCAGUGGCUGCAACAGCCCUGGGGAGGCAGGUGGGGGUUCCACCCCAUUUGGGAGUAUUGGAUGCAACCCAGCAGCCUUGUUUCUUGAGAGUCACUUGCCUUCCAGGCAGCUGGUCUUGGGACCUUAUGGAGAGGCUUCUCCAUGGGUAUAACCCAUUUUGGUUGGCUGUGGCCAGCUCCUCCUGGCCUUCAGACCUUUAACUGAGCCAUACUACUGGCCACAUCCCUGGAAGUGUAGGGUGAGCAUCCAAGGGCCUGGGCUUUGGACUGGGCACCCAUGGAGAGGCACUGCAGCCAGCAAGGUGGGUGUGGGGGGCAGUGGGGAUUUGUGGGAGGGAUGGGGCCCUGCAGAGGCCAAAGAGGUGGUGAGCACUGGGUUGGGGAGUCCCUGGUCUGUGUCUAUGGUAAGGGUAAUUAGUGAGGCCUGAGGUGCCGGUUCUGUGUGUUCCAGGCUAGAUCCUGUGUCCAGGCUGGAACAAUUGAUGCUCCUGUCCUCUAGAGCUCAUCAGGGCAGUUUGGAGCAGACAGGAGAAGCCCUGGGACCAUAAUAGGUCUGAGAAGUUUUGGCUCCCCAGGUCCAUUUGAUUUUCCUUCUCUUCGUAGUGGUGGUUGGGAUGGAACCCAGGGCCUGGGCAUGCCAGGCAGGCUGUCCACACUGAACCAUGCCCCAGCCUUCACCUAAGCCUUCACCCUGUCACUCAUGGGUCUGGGAGUGGUGUGGACAGUGUAGCUGUGGGUUGCUCUGACUGCCAGGCCACUGUUCCAUGUCAGAGGUGGAACUUCCCAUCCCCAAGGCCUAGGAGAGUGUAGGGUUGAGAGAUUCCUGACGUGUACUGCCCACAGCCUUACCGCCACCUGUGCGGGGCCUGGGCCCGCAACGCCCUCUACACCAGCAGUGCCUCCAUAACCCCUCAUUUCCCUGUGGUGACCCUCAUCUCUUCUGUGUCUCCUGCUCCCCAUCCUGACCUGGCUUAGUUCCUAUCUGUUCUCACCUGAAUAGAUGCAGCAUCUUUUUCCAGGACUCAAGUGGGGCUGUAAAGAGGGGCUUUUGUGUGUUCUCAAGGUUCUUUCCCUAGGGAGGGAGAUCUCCUUUUGGGGCAGGGUGGGACCUGCUGCAUCCCGGCUCUGUUAGCUCACAUCUUUUCAACUUGCAUGUUCUUUGGCCCAUGAUGCUGCCUGGAGGUGUGAGCUCGGUGGAAGGCUAAAGAUCAAGGGUGGGGCUUGGUCCCCCAAAGGUAGAAUGGGGUAUAGUGGUGGUGGUCUGAGUUGCCUAGGGUUGGAGGUCACUGUGUGGGGAGCAGUGGUGAAGGGCAGCUGAGGUUAGUGAACCCAGGUGGACAUCUCAAAGGAGAGGUUCUGGUGAAGAGGGCAUCAGGAACUGGUGGAGGGGCAGGGGGCAGGUGGUGAGCACUUGGGCAUCCACUAUAUGUGGGCAAGGUCAGUGUCGAAGAGGCAGGAGGGGUUCUAGGAGGGGUCAUUGUUGGGGUCUCUAUGGGAUUUCCUACCCAGCUCAGGAGAGAGCAUUGGGAUUGGAAGAGAAAUCACAGGCACGAGGUCAGAAGCAUCUAGAUCCAGGGUCAGACUGGGAGGAGGAACCCACAUGGGCUGUGGGCAUCAGGUGGGGUGACUCAGGGAGCUGAGAGGGACACUGCAUUGAGUGCAUUGGGAGUGCCGGUGUGUCAGCCUGCAGGCCAUUGUGAGGGCACAGAGUCCUUGUGAAGAGUGGCUGGAGGUGCCUGCGGAAUGUGGGGCAGAUGGAGGCAGGCUUUGGGGUGUAGAGGCCCCGUCCUGAGGGAGGGAUUCCUAUGUGCUGUGCCCUUCCUAAGGGCCUGGGCUUCCACCCUUUCUGCCUCCUCCUAGAAAACAUGCUGCCACCACCACAUGGAUGAAUCAGCCAGGAAGGAACCUUUGCCUGGAAGGCAGGCUCUAUGGCUCACCAGCCUAACCGGUCAUGGGAGAGGGACACUGUCUUCACCAUAGCUAGGGGAGUUCUGCUUUUGAGAUUGCAAUGUUGCCAGAGCCCAGAUGUGCUUGCUAUCCUAAGCCUACCCUCCACGCCAUGGUGUGGGGCUGGUUCAAGAAAGUUCUGGUCCAAAUUUCCUGUAGGAGCUGGGUUGCCCCCUCCCAGGUGUGUAGAGUAGCUUGCAGCCACAGGGAAAGUGGCCUCACAACCUGGUUGUGCUGCAGGGGAGCGUCUUUUACAGUGCAGAGAUGAGGGACUGUGGACAAGGCUGGGUAGUGCUUUGAACUUCCUGGGUACCCUGUGCUACCUGGGCUUUUCUGUUGGAGUCACCUGGGAAGAGCUCUGAUCAACAGGACCACCAGAGCUGGAGACAGGGUUGCCUCUGGGUAGAUUUAGAAAGAUGUUUCUUUGGGAACUUAAAUAUGUGCUGCCAUUAUGUAGAAAACCUCAGCAGUGGAUUUUUUUCUGUUUUUUGAGACAGGGUCUCACUAUGUACUUCAGGGUGGCCUUGAACUUUCU